GUGUCAUGGCGUCUCUACAGAGCACGCUCAGUAAUCCCAACCUGCCGUCCUCACUCAGUAAUCCCAACAUCCAGCUGUCGCUCAGCAGCCACUCCUUCUCCAACUCUCUAAGCUCCGCCUCCCUGCAGUCCUCACUCAGCAACCCGUCACUGCAGUCCUCCCUCAGCUCCUCCCCCUCCCUGCCAUCCUCCCUCAGCAGCCAAUCGCUGCAGUCGUCACUCAGUAACUCCUCCCUCCAGUCAGGAACUAACCCCAGCUACAGCGGCGGAGUGGGCGGGGCCGGAUCGGGCUCCUCCUCCUACACGCAACUGCUCAGUGGUCAGGGCCAGCCGUCACUCAGCACCUCACCACGGAGACGAGCCCAGCUGUCGCCACUCAUCCUGCCCUUGGGGGCGGAGUCACGGAGGCAUCACUCCAAACAGUUUUCCCCCACCAUUUCCCCCACCCUGUCCUCCAUCUCACAGGGCGUCCCAUUGGACACCAGUAAACUGCCUCUGGACCAGCGGCUGCCCCCAUACCCCCUCAGCCAGUCCCACCAGCACCAGCAGGGUCUGCCUGGGUCCCAGCCCGGACAGCAGCCCCCCCCUCUGGGUCACCACCACCACCAGUCCUGCCUCCAGCAGACCCAGCCCAGUCCCCACCAACAGCAGCUCCACCUGCAGAACUUACGGAACCAGAACCUGCAGCAGCACUUUGGACCAAGGCCAGUGGGCACUCAGGUGAACACAACACAGGUGAACUCACCUGUAAAGACUGAGGACAUGUUGGAUCCAUGUGUCCAGACUUCCUUUCUGUGUCAAGUCAAACAGGAAGUGGAUCAGCAGCGAGCCGGUGGCCUCCAGCAGCAGCACAUCAACCUGACCACAGACUUUUAUAAU